GCAGUUUGAUUUCGCGCCUCGACUCACUCGAAUUCUGAAGCUUCAAUCAUUUCGCCAUUGCCGCGCCCAUUGUGCAUCCUGAUAAUUCGUUAUUCUCUUUUUGAUUCAUCUUCAAAAUUCCACAGCUUAUUGUCUCACAGUGUAUUAAAAAAGGUGAAAUACAAGUACUAUUUUAUCUACUAUUCAAUUUAAGCAGAUGUAGUGUAUGCUAUAGUGAUAAAUUUCCAUUCCACGAGUAAAGCGAAGGAGCUUGCAUGUGAAUCAAUCGUGGAAAAUCAAUGCCAAUCACGAUGAAAUGUGAAAAAUAUUACGUUCAUUCUGCAUUGAUUUUUGCGGCAACGUUGUGCGUUAUUUUCGCUCAGGACCAUGAGCCACAAGUGAACAUGACAUUUGGCCAAGUGAGCGGCAUUUGGUUAAAGACAAGAGACGCAGACGUUGCUGGCUUUCUUGGACUUCCGUACGCUCAACCGCCAGUCGGAGAUCUUAGAUUUGAGAAUCCUCAGCCAUGGAUUAAAAAAUGGAACCAUACAAGAAAUGCUACAAAGGAUGGGUCAAUGUGCUUACAGGUUACAGAAAAAAGGAUAGUGGUCGGAGAUGAAGAUUGUUUGUACCUUAAUGUAUUUACACCCACCAUAACCAAAAAUCAGAAUAUAACCGCGCGUAAGAAAUUAUCGGUGAUAGCAUUCAUACAUGGUGGUGCUUUCAACGAAGGAAGCAGUAACAGCACUCUCUACGCACCAACGUAUUUGUUGGACCAUGAAGUAGUUCUUGUAACGAUGAACUACCGCUUGAAUGUAUUUGGUUUCUUUAGCACCGGAAACGACGUCACGCCCGGUAACUAUGGGCUCAAGGACAUUGCAAUGGCACUCAGGUGGAUCCAUGAUAAUAUCGAGAUUUUUGGUGGCGAUCCAAACUCCGUGACGCUUCUUGGGCUGAACUCCGGAGCCGCUUCUGCUCAUUUGUUGUCUGCUAGCAAAUCUACCGAAGGACUUUUUCAGAAGUUGAUCACAAUGAGUGGUUCGGCAACAGCGCCUUGGACUUUUCACACUCGAGACAGAAUAAGAAAUGUAUCCAUGACCGUUGCAUAUCGUUUGAAUUGUCACAAUACUACUGCCGAUUUCGAAGAAUUAGGCAGCGGGGACGAAGAAAUCGAAACAACGACAAUCAUUCAAGAAACCGUAGACAACACAGAGAACGACCGUCGAAUUGUGGAGUGCUUGAAAAGAGCCGAUGCAAAUGACAUUAUUUUGGCAGGACAGCUCUUUAAGUGGCGGCGCAAUCCGGUAUGUGUUUUUGGACCAACGUUGGAGGCAGAAGCCGAGGGUGCAGUCUUGACGGUGCAUCCGACGCAAGCGCCAUAUAGGGACAUGCCUUGGAUAACUGGAGUCACAGAUGAUGAGGGUCUGCUCAAAACCUCCGAUCUUUAUCUAUCUGAACAAAUAAAAGCUGAGCUUGUGCAGAAUUACGAUGAUUACCUUUUGCCAUACGUACUCGAAAUGGAGAACGUUGUCAGCAAUAUUACGACAGCCACUCAGGCUAUUACCAAUUUUUACUUCAAAGGUGACGCCACGGCCAAUCUUAUCGAAAACCUUACUCAGGCGUUCGGAGAUGGCGCAAUAACCUGGCCAACCUACGAUAGUCUUCGGAAACAAGCUAAAAAUAUGAAAUCCAAUGUAUAUUUCUACCUAUUCGGAUAUAAGGGAUCAUUUAGCAACACUUUUAGACCAGAUGCACCGAUAGUUAUGGGUGUUGCCCAUGGUGACGAUCUGAACUAUCUUUUCCCAUACUUGAACGUGAAAUUCGCCGACUUCCAUAUUUCGAACACAUUAGACGACACAACGAUGAUCAACAUUAUGAGUGAAAUGUGGACGAAUUUCGCAAAAACAGGGGAGCCGAGCGCCAGGCUCACGUCCACCUGGGAGCCUUAUCAGAAACACCAUAGAUACAUGAGAAUUGGCGACGGCUCGAGCAGCCACGAAACUAUGCAAGUCAACUUUUUGUCCGAGAGAAUGGCAUUCUGGGCUGAUUUUGCGAAAAAAUACUCGGCGCCGAUCGAAGAGUAUCGAGUUGGUGGAGAAAGCCAAAACAGCGAAACCGGUGGCAAAGAUAGCGAUAAAAGUAGAGCAGGUGUUGCUGCAGUUCGAGCUGGACUUCCGCUAUUGCUAAGUGUAAUACUGUGUUGGAGAAUGACGUUUAGUUUUUUGUUAUGAUGCAAUAAGAAAAGAAAAUCUAUUUAUUUAAAAUGUAUAUAAUUACGUCGAAAUU